AGCAGGCCAGCACAGCGGCAGCCCUUCCCAGAGCCCUGGCCCUCCCGCCCCGCCUCUGUCCUGCAGAGGGGAGGCCAGCCCAGGAGCCCCCAGCCGUCCAUUUCCUCUCUAGCAGGACAAGGCACAGCUGGGCUCUACAGCCUCAGCCUGUGCCAGGCUGGGUACCUCACCUCCCAGCCAGUGACACUUCCCUGCCCUCCGCUGUCCCAAAGGCAGCAAGAACCGGCCCAGCUGCUGUAAUGGAAACUUCCUGGCCAGUCUGUGAGCUUCGACAGCUCGGGUUCCACCCCGCGUGAGGCUCCGGUCUUCAGCUAGCUCUUCAGGUGGCUGGGCCGUCCCGCAACGCAGGAGCCAGGUGCCCCUGGAUCCACACCAGGCCAAGACUGGAGGACUCGGGGUCCAGGGCCUGCCAGGCGUGUGGAAGAAAGCCCCAGGACCAUGCUCCAGUAAAUGAGGACCACCACUCGAGCAUUGUGCCCCGACUCCCACCCAGAAAGCCCGUGUCGGACCAGAGAGGAUGUGGAGGCCACCAGGGGCUCAGUGCGGCCCCAGGCCCCGGCCGAGGGAGGCCGGAGGCGCCCCCCAUCCAUCCUGAGACGGAGCUGGCUGGAGCUCGUGCCCCGCGAGGCUGAGCCACCGAGGACCUUGAGACAUGUGCGGUUCCGGGAGCCCGUGGAGGAGGCUGUGCACUACAUCGCCUGCAGGGAGCCCGCAGCUGCAGUCGGGGGUGGGCCGCAGCGCCCUGGGCCCCGGAGAAGCUCCCCGCUCCUCUGGCUGACUCUGUGCAUCCUGCUUGGGGUGGCGCUGGGCCUGUACCACGGCUGGGCCGAGCCCAUGGCCGGGGCCCUGGAGGACCUUCGGGCCCAGCUCCGGGUCCUCGCCCUGCGCCUCUGGCAUGUGGCCCUCAGCAGCUGGCACUGCCUCCUGCGGCUCUGACCACGGCGCCCGGCAGUGUCACCACCGGAGCCCUGCUGGGGUCCACACAUCCACAUCCAGCCAUCUAAGCUGCCUGGAGACACAGCCCCCGAGAAACCCAAUCAAGCCUCACCCUGGGGGUCACGUGGGGAGCAGAGACCCAAGCCCCAAAAAAUGCAGACACAAAGCUGCAGCCACAUGGAAGACUACUCCUAAUAAGCUCUGGAGAAAGGACAGAGCCAGGAAGCAGCGGUUUACACCCUAAACGAGAAGCCGAGCAGGUGGGAGCAGAAGGGAGGCGGGGAGGCACAGAACAAACCCUGCACCCCGGAGACACUUGAGCGUGUAGCUUUAUUUUGACUUGGAGAAAUAGAUACAUGGAAACUU